UUGUUAGGGAGAGGGAGACAGCGCGGCUUGGCGGCUUAGCAGAAGCUGAAGGGAGGAGGAGGAGGAGGCGGCAGCAGCAGGGCACAAAAAUUGAGCAAUGAAUAAAUUACGACAGAGCUUCAGGAGAAAGAAAGAUGUCUACGUUCCUGAAGCCAGUAGACCACAUCAAUGGCAGACGGAUGAAGAAGGGGUUCGAACUGGGAAAUGCAGCUUCCCAGUUAAGUAUCUGGGACACGUAGAAGUGGAUGAAUCCAGAGGAAUGCAUAUAUGUGAAGAUGCUGUGAAAAGACUAAAAUCUGAAAGGAAGUUCUUCAAAGGCUUCUUUGGAAAAAGUGGAAAGAAGGCAGUUAAAGCAGUCCUGUGGGUUUCAGCAGAUGGACUCAGAGUUGUGGAUGAGAAAACAAAGGAUCUUAUAGUUGAUCAGACAAUAGAGAAGGUCUCCUUCUGUGCUCCGGAUAGGAAUUUUGACCGAGCGUUUUCUUACAUAUGUCGAGAUGGUACUACAAGACGUUGGAUAUGUCAUUGCUUUAUGGCUGUAAAAGACACGGGAGAGAGGUUGAGUCAUGCAGUUGGCUGUGCAUUUGCAGCAUGUUUGGAGCGAAAGCAAAAGAGAGAGAAAGAAUGUGGGGUGACAGCCACCUUUGAUGCCAGUAGAACCACUUUCACAAGGGAGGGGUCUUUCAGGGUUACCACGGCAACUGAACAAGCAGAAAGAGAGGAAGUCAUGAGACAAAUACAAGACAUCAAAGUCAAUGGCAUUGCCUCUGCCUUCCAUGUGUUUGCUGAUAAACCAGCUCAAACUACUAUAGCAUCUACAGCAAUACCACUUCGUGAAUCCAAUCCCUGGGCUCAGUCCCCUGCUGCUCCAGCUGUUGCUAAAACUGGAGCUGGAGCUUCUCCUUCUGGUGCUGACUGGAGUGCCGACUCGGGAGAGGCCUCACCGAAUCUGUUUCAGGCAAGCCACAGGCGCACUCCCUCAGAGGCAGACCGUUGGUUGGAAGAAGUAUCUAAAACUGUCCGGUCACAGCAGCCUCAGGUGCAGCCCCAGCCUCCAGCUCCCCAGCCGCUCCUCCAGCCUCCAGCGGUGGUUUCUCAGGCAGCACCAGCUUUUCCAGUCAGCACCUUCAUUGCACCUCCACCAGUGCCUAUUGGGGUGGUGCAGCCCAUGCAGCCUACGUUUAUCCAGGCUCAGCCCUACGCAGUCGCAAAUGGAAUGCCCUAUUCAGCUCCCAGUGUGACCAUGAUUGGAAUCACCCCAUCCCAGAUGGUAGCCAAUGUCUUCGGCACUGCAGGUCACAGCCAAGUGUCCCACGCUCAUCAGUCACCUAGUCUUAUAAAGCAGCAGACAUUUCCUCAGUAUGAAACUAAUAGCGCUACUGCCAGCCCUUUCUUUAAACCCCCGGCCCAGCAGCUCAAUGGCUCUGCUGCUUUCAAUGGUGCGGACCCAGCCAAGUGGCCCACAGAGGACAAGCAUGUGCUUCUUCCCGGAGCUGGCCAGCAGGUGGAUCCAUUUGAAGCACAGUGGGCAGCCCUGGAAAGUAAAUCGAAACAACGUACUAAUCCCUCUCCGACUAACCCUUUCUCCAGCGAAUUACAGAAGACAUUUGAAAUAGAACUUUAAGCAGUCCUGUGGCUUGUACUUCAUCUCUGUGUAUGUGUGUGUUGGCAUUGGAUGUAAGAGUAUACCGGGGGCAGCAUUUUUUAAUCGCUCAUGUCCCUCUCUUUGGAAUUAGGUUGGGGCUAGAGAGAGGGGACACUCAUGGAAAGAGGCUCCUAAAUCCAGCCUUUGGGGGUAUAAUCCAGGAAACAUACCCCUUGCCACCUGUUCGGGAAUUUGAAUGGCAAAAGGAAUCUGAAAAGGGCUGAAGAAGGGAGUUGAACCUGAAGCCUUUUUUCCACAGAAACUUCAGGAAACCUCACAAGCUGGAAAGCAAAUGACUCACCACUAUCUUAAGAAUGUGUCUACCUUCCUGUGAAUGGCCCAUUCCCUUGGGGCGAAAACAGAGGUUAGGGAAUUGUGGCAUAGUAAGAAAUGGGCUGGUGGAGAAAGCCUGCAAGCUGCUCAGAAUAUGUUAUCAGUGGGAAAAGAAUGAGCUUCCAUUUCAAGUAAUUAUAUAUAUAGAAUAAAGCCAAAAUCUUUAUUUUUAUGCAUUUUAGAUUAUUUUAAAUAGUUCUAGUUAUUAAAAGUUGAAUGAGUUGUAAGUAAUCUUGCCAAAGUUAUAAAAGGGGGUUGGAUGUAAAAUUGUACAUAAGAUUGAUUUAUCACUGAUUCUUACAGUCAGUAAUAUGGGAAUAGGGUAGGGAGCGGAGUUCCCAGCUUGUCCCUCUCUGUAUCAUUGUAAGUAGCAUAUUGCAACUACAAUCAUGAAUCAUGACCAAUUUUUUUAAAAAAAAAUCAUUGUAGAGUAGUGUAAGAACAAUAUUGUCUUGGUUUGAGAACAAUUGGUAAAUUUUAUCUUUUUUUUAAGCAAUCAAACUAGAUAUUAAAGUUCAUAUAGGUUCUUUCAUGUACUGCUGCAGUUUAUUUGUCUUACAUCUCUUUUAACACUACUGUGACAACUGUAAUUAUAUUUACAAUCAGGUCUACUUAUGAACCCAUUUUAGGUGCAUUAAAUAGAGUUUAGAUUUUUUUUAAAAAUGCUUUUCCCAUUGUUAUAUAUGAAAGCUUAUAACUAGACUGCAGCUAUUCCAUUUCUUUCCUCUGGCAAAUCAUGAAGUCCAUCUCAUUUUUAAUUUUACUCUUAAAACUUGGCCUUACAAGCAAAUGUAAGUUAUAUAUUUGUACUGAUGAUUUAUAAUCUGCUUUAACAGAAAUAAAUGUUGGUAGUAGAUUAUGUGUCUUUCUCAACAGGUUUCCUUGUUGUUUUCCUGCAACCAGUUUGAUCUCCAUUUCAUUUGGUGUAUAAAUCACCAAAUUUUAAAUGUUUGGUCUACUAAUAACAGGGCAAGAUAUAUACUCCCAUUUGUAUCUAUUGCUUAAAGCAGGAAUUGCAACUUCUGGAAUUUCAGCUUGCUUUUAUUUUGAAAUUUGUAUUAUAUUUCCUAUUUCCCCAGAAGAAUGUGGUUCCUACAAAUUGCCACAUUUCCCAUUAAGGGAUUAUCAGUGUAUUAUUCAGAAAUAGCCCUGAAGAACUUUGUAUUUGUUCUAGAGCAUUGUUCAUUAUCUAGAGACAUAAACUGGUUUUGCUCAGUUUUAGUGUGUCUUAGUACAUAAUGGAACUUAAUGGUUAUUGCUGUUUAAAGUUACAGUACUUAAGUGGUUUGUUUCAGUACAAAGCAUGCUUACUCUAAAACAAAGCUACCUCAAAUGUAAGUGCAUGUAUGGUGGAUGUAUGAAUUUGGACUAUGCCAUACUGCACUUGAGUAAAAAUCCCUUUCACUCUUUU